CGCUUUAUUUGGAACACAUCAUGCUAUCCAGCAUCGGCUAUUGCGUCGUCGCCCUGAUGAUUAGUACCGUUGCAUCAUCAAGUCCGGAGAAUAUCACCUGCCAGACUAUUUGCGACACCCUCGCUGACUGCUCGUAUUCCACUUGUAACACAACUGCUGUCCCUUACUACUGUACUGGUAUCUACGUUGGUAGUAAUGGUACGGUCGUUUACUCGGAUCAAGAACCCGAGUUCUACUCUCAGCAUCUCCUCUGCCCUUUUGCUCAAACUCUUCUUUCCCACACUCCUCCAAGCAUCGCAGAUGAGCCCCAUCCAGGGUGCCCUGAUAAACUCGUAGACGUGGACGUGUUCUGGUGGAGUGAAUGGCCCACUCUUCCUAGCAAUAGCUAUGAUGUAUAUGCUGGUUAUUAUCAACGUAUGUUUCGUCUAUUAUCGACCAACUGUGUUUACAUGCGGGUUAAGAAGCUCAUCCUCCGCGUGUUGGAUCCACAGUACCCUCCAGCUGAAGGGGUUGACAAGGUGUGGUUUCCCAACAAUGAUGUGACUCAGAGUGCUAUGUUUACUGAGCUCUUGAUUAAAUUGAAAGACACGUCGGUUGAAGAAGUGGAGUUCUUACCUUAUGUUUUUGAUGAGCAUUCACGAUCUUCGUGGAGGAAAUGGUCCGCCAAUGGACGAGAAGUUAUGGCUGGUGUCUAUGCUUUUGCCGCAGAGUACAACAAGCAUCUUCCUACUGGCGUUAAGAUCACUGGAGUUACAGUAGACUACGAGGAACUCAAUAGGGAUCCUACUGAGUAUGCUAUGCUCAGCGAUCCCACAGGUGAGCGCUUAUUUAAAGGUGGUCACACUGAUCUUAAAUUUGGAAUCGCCUUAACUCGAGGGAAAACCGAGGAGAUUGUGUCCUUCUCAUGGACCGAUAACUUUUACUUGGAGAUGUACGACUUGGGAUACAACUUCUCCCCCUUCCUCCGAUAUAAAAAUCAACCAGUGCAGUUGAUACAUUUCCUAGCCGAAGAUGUGCUAGGACCUAAUCUCAUUGAGGCCUACAACAAGCAUCAUGACAAGCAUCAUUUUACAUUAACACCAAUGCUUUCUACCCUGUCUCGGCAUCUUGCUGCUGCUGCUUCCACAGCGGCGUCCGCUCAAGCCGUAAUGACGGUGACGCCAGCUGCCGCAUCAAGAAUUAAAGAUCUUAUGAAUAAGAAGCACGACGAAUCGAUCAUAGGGCUCAGAGUAGGUCUAGCGAAGAAGGGAUGCGAAAACAUGAGCUACACCAUGAACUAUGCAAAAGAGAUCGGAAAAUUAGAUGAGGUUGUGGAGAGUGAAGGAGUAAAGGUUGUUGUGGAUUCCAAUGCUUUGAUGUACCUCAUAGGUACGGAGAUGGAUUAUGUUGACAACGACCUAGCUUCAGAAUUUGUGUUCAAUAAUCCCAACCAGAAGUCCUCCUGCGGCUGCGGCAAGAGUUUCAGUGUAUAAUAUCGACGCAUUAUAUUAGACAUCGCUUUAUUCAUACUUAAAAGCUCCGUAGUUCAGGAAAUGAACAUACCACAGUAUACAAUGUCACUGUUAUUAUUGA